AUGGUAAAAAUAUUGUAUAACCACACUAGAAGGCACCACAUCUUGGCAUUUGCUUUGGCUAAAGAGUGUAAAGACAUAGAAUUAGAAUAUACAACAGGAAAAGAGGAAGGGCUCUUUAAUUAUUCAUCAUUAAUGGAUUUAUUAGAGAGAAUUCCUAGCAUUUCAACUAACUCAAUGGAGUAUUUGAACGGAUGGAAGGUAGGAAUGCCAUAUCCAGAGAUAACCAGAGUGUCAAAUGUUUUGGAAGAAUCUGAUUUAGAGGCACUUCAGCCUAUUCAGAAGACGCUUUUAUUCUUUUUACUGUACUCAGAGACUAUUUUUGUGAAUUUACAGAAGGCAGGGAAGCUAAAGAAUUUGGUAAAAUUAAAUGCAUUUUAUGUUGAACAGUUAGAAGAGAAGAGUGAAAUUAUGAAAGAGUAUGAGAAGCAGAAGAAAGCGGACAUAAAACCAGAUGAUCAAGCAUCGUUUGAUAUCGGCUUACCAGAGGGGUAUAGAGUAGUAACUAGAUUUCCACCAGAGCCAAGUGGUUAUAUGCACAUAGGCCACGCCAAGGCUGCGCUGCUUAACCAAUACUUUGCAGAGAAGUAUCAUGGAAAGUUAAUAAUAAGGAUGGACGAUACAAACCCUACGAAAGAAAACGAAGAGUUUGAGGAGAGUAUUAUGGAGGACAUUGCAUCACUUGGCAUAAAGGCAAAUGCGCAUACGCGUACGAGCGACAACUUUGAAUUUCUGCUUAGUUCUGCUAAAACAAUGAUAGAGCUGGGCCUAGCAUACUGUGACAACACACCGGUUGAGCAGAUGAGAAUGGAAAGGGACAAGGGUGUACACUCAAAGAACAGAACUGCUUCUAUUCGGGAUAAUAUGAACAUUUUCAACAAAAUGAUAAGCACAAACGAGUGUGAUGAUUACUGUUUAAGGGCUAAAAUCAAUAUGGAGGACUUAAACAAGGCUAUGAGAGAUCCUGUAAUAUACAGAGUGAACUUAACUCCGCACCACUACACGGGAGCAAAAUACAGAGUAUAUCCAACAUAUGACUUUGCAUGUCCAGUGAUUGACAGCAUAGAAGGAAUUACGCUUACACUAAGAACAAAUGAGUACCGUGAUAGAAAUGCCCAGUACAUGUGGUUUAUAUCUGCGCUGGACUUAAAGAAUAGGCCUAUUAUAUGGGACUUCUCUAGGCUAAAUUUCAAAAAAACAGUUUUAAGCAAGCGGUCUCUAAAGCAGCUAGUAGAAAGCCACAAGGUAUGCGGGUGGGAUGACCCAAGAAUGCCAACAAUUAGAGGAAUACUCAGGAAAGGCCUCACAAAACAGGCACUAAAAGAGUAUGUAAUCAUGCAAGGCCCAUCAAAGAAUACAGUUCUUUUGGAGUGGGAUAAAUUAUGGUCAAUCAAUGCUAAAAUAGUAGAAAAAACUGCAAAUAAAAUUCAUGGAAUAUGCAAAGGAGAUAUGCACUGCAUUCAGAUCGUAGCAGAUGUAAAUGACUUGAAAUCCAGCGACAGAGUUGUUACAGAGUCCAUAUAUGUAUCGUCUAACGAUCUUGGCACUGUUUCUCUUGAAGAUGAUAUUACACUCAUGGGACUAGGAACAUUCAAAAUAAUUGAAAUGUCUCCUAUGAAAGUAAGACCUCAUGAAGUUCACCCCAAGUAUACAAAAGCCAGACUUACGUGGCUACCUGUGGAAACAUGCACAGCAACAGUCGUAGAGUAUGGUGAUUUAAUCUCAGUGGAUAAAUUAGACGAAAGGAGUAUAACUGAGGUGUUUAACGAGAACUCUGUGCACAAAGAAACCUUUGAGUGCGAUGAAAGGAUUAAGUUCGCAGUAAAAGGAGACUUUUUACAAAUUGAAAAGCGAGGAAUCUAUUAUGUAGACUCUAUUCAGCCACUAGUACUGAAUUUAGUCCCAUCAACAAAACAGAAUAAUAGAAAGGCAUAGACAUUUACACAAAUAAACUACCGUA